GUGUACAGAGCAGUUCGCACACUCUGCAGUUUCUGCUGUGGCACUGUUGAUUGAAGCUGUGUGUGUCACACUGUGUGGCCCUGAUUCGCCCGAGACAUUGGCCUGUCCUUGCGGGGUAACGCACGGCAAGCUCCGAGGCGAUGACGAUGCUUCCGUGACCGACUUGCUCAUAAGCAGGCGUCUCCUCCUUAGCAGCGCACACAAUCUCUCUGCUUUACCAUCCCCAACCACACCAUCAUGUCCUCUUCGAACACAGAAAACGCGCCUUCACUUCCUCCGCCUCCAUAUGGCUGGAUCAUGGAAAUAGACCCACGCACAGAUCACCCAUAUUAUGUUGAUACGAAAGCAACUCCUCCUCGAGCGAUCUGGGUUCAUCCAUACGAAGAUGAACAAUACCUCUCUGAACAUCCUGAAGUCCGCCAGAAGAUAGAGAAAGCGAUGGAGCAGCAGAUGCCGGAGGAUAGUACCAACUCUGAGGGACACGGAAUGCCGUCGGCUGAGCGCAGACAUUCCUACUCUGCGGCUGGCAGCUCGACUUCGACGAGGCCUGGGGAGGCCUCUGGUUCUCCGCGUCCUGCUAGCUCUGGAUCUCUCGAGGAACGUAACGCGAAGGGCAAGCAGAAGCGUGGCUUCUUCGGGAAGAUGAAGGAUAAGGCGAUUGGGACGAAGGAGGAGCGGGAGGCGUAUAAGAAGGAGAAGGCUAGGGUGGAUGAGGAACGUCGCAAAGCAUACGCUGAGGCUAUGAAACGCCAGCAAGCCGAGUACCAGAAACGGCAAGCCGAAUACGAUCGUCAAUACGCCGGCAGGCGCACGGGUUACAGUACAGCGUACGGCCCACCUCAAGGCACUCCCUACUAUGGCGGCUCUGCCUUCGCACCCGGAAACCGCUAUGGAAGCUAUGGUGGUCGCUCCUACGGCGGACGCUACGGCGGCAGCGGCUAUGGAGGCUACGGGAAUGGAUAUGACAACAGUUACGGGAAUGGCUAUGGCCGCAGUGGCUAUGGGAAUGGUUAUGGGAGAAGUGGCGGUGGAUUUGGAGGGGCUGGUUUACCUAUUUUAGGUGGUCUGGCUGGCGGUCUUUUGCUGGGAGACUUGUUGUCUGGUGGGUUCUGACCGGUUGUGGAGGUUUGACUUUCUUUAUCCGUUUAUUCUUUAUCUUGGAUUAGUGUGGAAGGACACAGAAUUAUUGUACACUAUGUUACCCCUAUGUAUCAUCCCUUUGUGUAACCUUCGUCCGGGCUCUUUGAAGCUGUGAACAUCGACUCUUUGCUACUUGCAUACUACUCGUACAUGUACCCCUUUCGGCCUAUGAAACUUGUUGAGUAUGCGACUUGCUCCUACAAAAU